GAGCAGUUGCGCCUGCGCAUUAGUGGGAGAGAAGGUAAAGAUGGCGCUAGGCAGGCAAGUGUACAACUUGCUUUUCCGCCGCACCUCCACCUUUGCUCUCACGAUCGUGGUGGGCGCCCUCUUCUUCGAGCGGGUUUUCGACCAGGGCGCAGAUGCUCUCUAUGAGCACAUGAACAGAGGAAAGCUGUGGAAGCAUAUCAAGCAUAAAUAUGAGACUGGUGAAGAAUAAAGCAUGGAGAUGCCAGACUCCCGCUGGAACCUUCCACGCUCCCUUCAGCACAAACCUUUCUUCUUGAUCGCUAGCUGUUUAGAAGGCGCGUGUCCAUCCAUCCAUGUGUGUCUAUCUGAGACAGAGUGCAUUUCUCAAGAGUGAUAAAGUUACCUGGACUUGGGCUUGUUGUGUUGAAAUGUAGCCUAAUAAAAUACCUUCUCAGAUAUGUUUAUCUUGUA